AUGCAACAAGAAUCAACACACGUUACACCAUUGAUCCACGAUGAAGAAUUAAAUAAAAAAGAAAUUUUAAACUGGGAUGUUUAUAGUUAUGGUGGAUAUCUUUUUCAAGAAAAAAGAGAGGUAAUUCAAACAUCUUCAAGAAAGCAACGUCAACAACCAUUAUCCUCAUCUUCAGCCUCAGCAUCUUCAGACGAAGAAGUUCAAAGUGUUAGUUCAGCAUCAUCAACCCCAAGAUUAAAAACCAACUCAUCCUCAUCGUCAUUAAGUUUUAAAAGAGUCCAUUCAUAUGACGAUAUGUGUGCAUUGGUCAUUGCAAAUCAAAAACUAAAUAAAAAAAUGGUCGAGUUCUUUUGGGACAAAUGUAGCGUUAAAAUCUGUGCUGAUGGUGGCGCUAAUAGACUUUAUUCUUUAGGUACCAAACUUAAUCAUGUUAAUAAAUGGGUCCCAGAUUAUAUUAAAGGAGAUUUGGAUUCUCUACAUGAGGGUGUAUCCGAUUAUUAUGCUAAAAAAGGUUCAAGUAUUGUUUUAGAUUCUAGUCAAGAUACAUCGGAUCUUCAAAAAUGUUUCGAAUUAAUAGUUGAUAUUGAAAAAAAUAGUGGUAUAAAGUAUAGAAAAAUUAUUAUUUUGGGUGGUCUUGGUGGUUCAUUCUCUCAUGAAUUUGCAAAUGUAAAUACUCUUUUUGAUCACCCAGAAAGAAAGAUUAUUUUAACAUCAAAAGAAAACAUUGCAUGGCUUUUAAAUCCAUCAUACAAACAUAGUAUAGAUUGUCAAGUUGAAACCAAAUGCUCUUUAAUUCCUUUAGCUUCUAAAGUAUCUGAAGUUUCUACAACCGGUUUAAAAUGGAAUUUAGUAAAUCAAAGUUUAAAUUUUGGCGAUUUAAUUAGUACAUCAAAUGUUUCCAUUGAUACAAGAAUUGUUGUAGACACAUCAAAUCCAUUACUUUUUAUUGUUGAUAUUAAUCCAUAG